GUAGAAGCUGAGCAGAGCUGUCUCCAGCCGGCCUUCCGGCUUCCGCGCCUCCUGCGGCCUCGGUCCCAGAUAUUCACCAGCCGCUGCAGCCGCCGGACCUGAGUACCUCCUCGCGCUACCCUGUGCCCGCGCCUAGCACCGGCCGGCCCGGGAGCGGCGGGAGGAGCUGCCACGCCCCGCGACCGCACCCAGCCGUCUACCGCCCCGAGCCCACCGCCUUCCGCCUUCCACCAGCCUUGUUUCUCUCCUCCACGCGGUGACGCCACGCACAGCUGCAGCCAGCCCACGCCUGCUCGGACCAAAGAGGGCGACAUUCGCGCGACAGGCGGAGCGACCCUCGAAGCUGGCAGCGCUCAUUUUGGGAUCCAGAAGGGACAAGACGGGACUCAGGUGCCAUUUGGUAAUCGUGGUCGCUUGAAGCUUGUCGCCUCCUGGCCUACCCGGGGGAGGGAGGCAUGUUGUAUUGUCCUAGGUGAGCCAAUCCAAGCGGUGUUUGUAGAACUGGCACCUUUAGUAGAAAUGGCUAUGACACUAUUGGAAGAUUGGUGCAGGGGAAUGGACGUGAACUCUCAGCGAGCUCUGCUGGUCUGGGGGAUCCCUGUGAACUGUGAUGAGGCUGAAAUCGAAGAGACCCUCCACGCUGCGAUGCCCCAGGUGCCCUAUCGAGUACUGGGGAGAAUGUUCUGGAGGGAAGAAAAUGCGAAAGCAGCCUUGUUAGAGCUCACCGGGGCAGUGGACUACUCCCUGAUCCCUAGAGAGCUGCCAGGGAAAGGGGGGCUCUGGAAAGUGCUGUUUAAGCCCCCCACUUCUGAUGCUGAGUUUUUGGAAAGGUUGCACCUCUUUCUAGCCAGGGAAGGGUGGACCGUGCAAGAUGUUGCUCGUGUGCUUGGGUUUCAGAACCCUGCUCCCGCUCCAGGCCCAGAAAUGCCAGCAGAGAUGCUCAACUAUAUUUUGGAUAAUGUUAUUCGACCUCUUGUUGAGUCCGUAUGGUAUAAGAAGCUGACGCUGUUCUCUGGGAGGGACAUUCCCGGGCCUGGCGAGGAGACCUUUGAUGCUUGGCUGGAGCACUCUAAGGAGGUCAUAGAAGAAUGGCAGGUGUCUGAUAUGGAAAAGAGACGGCGGUUGAUGGAGAGUUUGAGAGGCCCUGCUGCUGAUGUCAUUCGCAUCGUCAAGAACAACAACCCUGCCAUAACCACCGCAGAAUGCCUAAAGGCCCUGGAGCAGGUAUUUGGGAGCGUGGAGACCUCUAGAGAUACACAGGUCAGAUUUCUGAACACUUACCAGAACCCAGGAGAAAAGUUGUCUUCUUACGUCCUUCGCCUGGAGCCUCUGCUGCAGAAGGUAGUGGAAAAGGGGGCCAUUGAUAAAGAUAACGUGAACCAGGCUCGCCUGGAGCAGGUCAUCGCUGGGGCCAACCACAGUGGGGCCAUCCGAAGGCAGUUGUGGCUGACCGGGGCUGGCAACCGACCGGCACCCAACCUCUUCCAGUUGCUGGUGCAGAUUCGAGAGGAGGAAGCCAAAGAGGAGGAGGAGGAGGCUGAGGCAGCCCUCUUGCAGCUAGGCCUGGGGGGCCAUUUCUGA